AUGAAUCUUCCUACUCCAGCGCCAUUGAAUGUUAAAAGUGGCAGUUUAUCUCAAAAUUGGAAGAUAUUUAAAAGAGCAUGGGACUACUAUGAAAUUGCCUGCAAGUUAGACAAAGAAUCCAAUAUUCUGCGUACUGCAACUCUGCUGACUAUAAUUGGCGCUGAUGCGGUUGAAAUAUAUGAUGGAUUUAAAUUUGAUUCUGAGGAAGACAAGAAAGAUAUCAACAAGGUUCUAGAAAAGCUUGAACUAUUCUGUAUUGGCGAAAUAAAUGAAAGCUAUGAAAGAUAUGUGUUUAAUCAUAGAGGGCAAUUGCCUGGUGAACAUUUUGACACAUUUUUGUCAAGUCUGAGAUCAUUGGCAAAAACCUGUAAUUUCGGAGCGUUGGAAGAUAGUCUGAUACGAGACCGAAUAAAUGAUGGAGUACCCGAUAAUGACCUUAGACGAAGAUUGUUACAAGAACGAGAUUUAACUCUGGCAAAGUGUAUUGAUCGCUGUCGAGCUCAUGAAUCGACAAUGAUUCGCCUGGAAACAAUGAAGUCAUCGAUGGAGACUGUCAACGCAACUGAAAGCAAUCAAACAAAGAAGACCCAAUUGAAGCCUGUGACUGAAAGUGCUAAUGAGAGCAAACUCAAUAUUCGUGAGUGUAAAUUUUGUGGUAGAAAGCACAUUUUUGGUAGAAAUUAUUGUCCAGCGUGGGGUAAAGUUUGCAACAGAUGCAAUAUUAAAAAUCACUUUGCAGUGAAAUGUCGAUUGAGAAUUAAAUAUAACCAUGGGACCGAUGGCCCAAAUGCUGAAUGUGUCGAUACUUAUCAUAAAAAUGACAUUGUUAUGUGUGAAAAAAUUUAUACCAAUAGCAGUACCAAUUUAUCUCGUAAGAAAUUUUUUACUCAAUUAUUGUUGAAUAAUUUUAGGAUCAAUUUUCAAAUUGAUUGUGGGGCAACUGUUAAUGUUAUUUCGAAAAGCCACUAUAUUAAGGCCAGCAACGACUAUAAAUUGAUUAAACUAGUACCUACAUCCGCUAAAUUAUCAAUGUAUAACAAGACGUUAAUCUUGCCGUUGGGGAAGAUUUCUUUACCGGUUUAUAACCCGAAAAAUGGUAUAUCUUAUUUUCUAGAUUUUAUGGUUAUAAAACAACCAUUAGUACCAUUACUGGGAUUUGGGGCGAUUCAAGAACUGAAUUUAGUUACUGUCAAUUAUGAAAAUAUCUUUUGUACCAUUUCCAAAUCAUGUAAUUUUGAAAAAUUUUCCAAGAUGUCGCUCAGCCAAAUUUUUGCCGAGUUUGCUGAUAUAUUUACUGGCACGGGCAAACUUGAAGGAAAAUUGAAACUGGAAGUUGAUAAUACUGUUACUCCAGUUCAAAUGCCUGUGCGAAAAGUACCAUUAUCACUUCAAAGCAAGGUUAAGAAUGAACUGGACAGAUUGAUGAAUGAGGGUAUUAUAUCCCCUGUAGAUUGUCAUACGCCAUGGAUUUCAAAUUUGAUUGUAGUAUCAAAGAAAUCUGAUAAUAUUCGUUUAUGCCUUGACCCAAAGCCUUUGAAUAAGGCUUUUAAACGGAACAAUCAUCCAAUGCCUACUAUUGACGAUGUAUUGCCUCACUUUCACAAGGCAAAAGUAUUCACCAUUGCCGAUGUUAAAAAUGGUUUUUGGCAUAUUGAACUCGAUGUUAAAAGUAGUUAUCUGACAACAUUUGGUACUCCAUGGGGUCGCUAUAAGUGGCGAUUGGCGAAGAAUGGCAUUCGGACCUAA